UUUUAUUAAGAUUUCCUUGGAUGUCCAGACAUUAAUAAGCCUGCUAACACAAACCGCGGCUAGCUAGGAUUUGUCUAUUUUAUCGUAUAGUAACAAGUCUUUUAUGUGCAUGGUAGUAAUAGUGUAAAAUAAAUAGCGCGAAAUCAAUAAUAAUUUGAACGAUCACAAUUGUGAAACUUUGAUAAUGAAGUAAUAGCGGGACCUAGAUUUGUUUUUACUGAACUGUUGUUUUAUCGUGUUAAAAAUAGGCAGAUUUAUACUUUCUUACUUUGUUUUUUUACCUUAGUAUUUUUCUCAAGUAUUAAAGCCAUGAUACACAUUAUAGACUUCUGACUCAUUGUCAAUUCGAUUUCAUCACAUUGAUUUACAUAGUUGAAAUACCAGAUUUGCAUUAUGUGAAGCAUAAUGAUUACGUAACUAAUUGUCAUGUGUGCUGUACAAACUCACCUCCACCAUAGAACAUGCAUCUUUAAAAUAAGGCUAAACUGAAACAGUAAUGACAAUUAUUAAAGUUCGAUCAACCUCGUAUUGUAACAUUUAAUUUAAUAAUAGUAAAUACCCAAGAGUAUGUCAGCAGUGACGUGUAUGAACAUGUUACGACCAGGAUAAGUGAGAGCGUCGCACCGUGUUCAAGGGCGCAAACCACAUAAAUACAGCUCUCAAUGGUUUUGUACUGAAAUAUUUCGGUUAUAUGCCAAUAUACAUAUGAUUAUAUUUUUAUCUAUGGUGUUGUUAAAUCGAGUGAUCCCGUAAAAUCAUACCAAAAAGUGCUAAGCACAGCGGUAGAGACCACCGGAAGUUCCGACAGGAAAUCGCGGGUACGCACCGGGCGGGCAUGGUGCCAGUCACCGCUAGAACCGAUAUACUUUAACUCAUAUACUGCAUACCAAUAACAUUUAGUACAAGUAGAACAGAUCAGAAUAUUGCCUUUAAAAUUGGUCGAGAUUUCGCCUAACAUGUGUGGAUAUUUUUAACCAUAUAAAUGUCUAUAUGAAGGUGAAUUCCGCAAUGUGUAUUUAUUACCCUUCCCACUUGCAAAACGAAUAGCGUACUUUCACGGCUUCGUAAUAAUGGAAAGAGACUACAAGAGAUUAGAACAUAAUGGUGCGGAGGUGGGUGCGUGGGAACGCUCCCAGAGUUCACGUGCCCGGCACAUCGCUCUACCAUACCAAAUCUUACAUUAAUAUGCUAGAUUUAGAUAAAAAGCCAACUUUUGAUAGCCCAGAUUCUUUACAGAACAAUUAUUUGCACAGAAAGCACAAUUUGAACCCUCGAUACGCUAUUAUUUUAUCAUCUCGAGGAUUUUGUAUCAUAAAUAAAGUGCAGAAUAGAUACAUCGCAGUAAGUUGAAAUAUUUCAGGCAAUAAAUAACUUAAGCUGAUAAUUACACUAUACAAUAUUUUUAUAUGUUUUUUAUUGCUAGAAACAUAGUAAGAAAAGCUACCGCGACCAAUUUAUCUCAAAAAUGUUCACAUUACCACCAAAUAUUUAAGGAAACCACUUAGCCAUUAAUUUAUUAUUACAGCACAAAUUAUAAAUAUUUAUAAAGCGUAUAUGAAUUAUACAAGUGAAUGAACUACACAAGAAAAUCAAUUAUACUUCCAUUCAUAAAGCUGUAAUAAUUCUAUGCAGCGUAGGUGUCCAUAAGUCACCGUCUAAUAAAUUUGCAGUUAUGUUUGUGUUGGCAAGUUACGCUUAAGAUAAUAUGAGCAGCCUUACCAGAUAAUUAAGCGUGCAGGUUAAAUUCUUAGAUCAUGAAAAUAUAGACGUCACCUAAUCUGAGUUUCUGUUCAAAUAAGUAAAUGAAAUGUUUGUAUCCUUUGUCAUGAGUAUUAUAAUAUAAUUAUUAGUCGUAUGUAUGAUAAUGUGGGUUAUUGAAAUGACUGUUGUGUCGCGUAGGCUCGUGCGCUCGUUUGACUGGCAACGGCAAUAGGUGCCUAGUUAGUGGUUCCGGAUACGGAUCGGACGUGUCGGAUGUCGGCGUGAGUCACGCGGCGCCCACGCCGCUCUGCCACUGCGCCCACUGGCGCCCAAGUUGCAAAGCGAAAACUAUUAUAUACAGAUUUUUUUCUACCGAAUCAUGUGAACUAAACGACAGUCAUGACGAAUAAUUAAUGCAGGCUAAAAUCAAGGAUCAAAAUGUUUUACGCACACUAUACUAAUUCUAUUCGAUAUUUUUCAACUGGAACCUUUUCGUGGACGCCUGUUUUGAAUGAACUCUCGUGGGAAACUGAGUUGAACGACUGCGGAGACAAUGCGGCUGUCUGGUAUCGCGACCAGUCGUUCACCGGACCACCGCCCACCCGUGCGGCAGCGGCGAGCAUCGGGCGCCCGCUGCUGCACCUCACGUCUCGCAUAACAUCUUCAGCCAUCUUCUAUUAAAACACCAUACUUGAUUUAUUCUCAUAGCUUUAAUAUUCCAACCAAGCAAGAAAGCCAACGUGGGAAUAUAAAAUGUCAAUGAAAGUAUCUACUUACCUUGCUUACUGUUUUCUACAGUUUUGACUAGAUUGCAAGUUUCAAUAGAAUUCAAAUUCCUACUUAUAAAUAUGGAAAAGAUAAAUAAAUACAGGCAUUGAAAUUGUGUUAUUUGAUUGAAAGUUAUCCGUAUUUGGAGGAUUUCAUAAAGUUUAGUUAACCACCCAGUAUAUUAGCUUUGUAGAUUCUAUUUUUAAUUUACCUUAUAUUGUCUAUUUAAAUAGCUAAAUGAUUCAAGAGGAACAAACAACAUAAUUAAAGUAUCUUAUUUUUAUUUGACCCAGAUUAAGCUAAGCAGGUUCAACUGGCACGCUAGUUGUCCCUAAUUAGGAUUCAUUUUUGUUCACAUUCAGAGCAUUUCUCCAGCUAAGUUAGUGCAUUUGAAUGUAAAAGCACGUGUCGUCUCAAGGGCGGGUGCUGGGUAGCGGGGGUUCGCGGGGUCGAUAAGCGCUGGCCGCGAGCCAGCCGCCAGUGCCGCGACACAUAAAUACACCCUCGCCACUCUAAAGUGGAAGUUCUCACCGUAAAUUAUACUAAAUGACAAACUAUGCGUCUUUCUAACUAAGCUUCAGUCUUUAAUACACAUCGCAUACGCAACGCAUAACUCAUUAUAGAAAAUUGAAAACAGCCUGGAAACUUGUUUUUAUAAUUUUUUGAUGUUAAUCUUCAGUUAAGAUAAUCCAAUUUCUUUUAUUCUUAUCUUUUUGGAUACUUCAAUUCGCAAAUUUCUGUUACAAAUUAACAGCCCUUUUGAACAAGCGUCUUUGGAUCACAUUGUUGUUAUGAAAAAUUUGUUUACUUUACAUGAUUAAAUAAAUAUUCAUCACAUUUCUUAAGAGAGGCCAUAACAUAGGCACAUUAAAUUGUUAGCGAGAUUAUUGUUUUCAUUUAAGUAAAAUCUUUAAACAUCACACCAUAUCGAUUUUUGCUUAGAUCAAUAGAAAUCAGGUCUGCAAGUCUUUACCGCUUUAAAUUCUAGACUUUUUUCACCCUGUUUAUUAGUGUAAGGCAGUGAUCUUGGCCUUAACAAAAUGACCACGUUAGGGAAUUAACUGUGACUGUGCAAAGGAAACACGCGUUAUAUUUUAUUGACUUUCUGGGAACGGAUUAAAUUUUAAAUAGGGGUUAAUUUAAACAAACUCACUUUAUUGAUAUAUCUAUUUAGGGAGUUUUCACGAAAUUGCUUUAAUAUUUUGUUUUUCAUGCGACUUACUUAGACUAUGUAGGUCACAAUAGCUGUUGAAGAUUCUUUCAGACAGCUAAAAAGGAAUCAACACCAGUAGCAUGAAAUCAAAUCUAACUUAUUCAUGAACGCUUUCUAGCAAUUUGAAUCGUGUUUUCAACGUUUUCUAUAUAAUUUUCGAUAUCAUAGCUUUUUUGUUCAUCAUUCCAGCGGUAUCUAUUAUUACCCAAUAUUUAUUACUAUUGAAUAAUUAAAAUUUAUGUAUAUCUGUUUGUUUCAGAUGAGCGGCAAACGCACUCGCAGCUAUAACUGCGCGGUACACCACCGCGAUCGAGAAGUCAGCUCAGAAAACGACUUCCAUCUUCUGCUAGAGGAUCCCACGUUAUUUGCCAGGAUGGUGCACUUAGUAGCGAUGGAAAUGCUCCCAGAAGAGCGGGACCGCAAGUACUACCAGGAGAGGUAUACUUGCUGCCCGCCGCCCUUCUUCAUCAUCUGCGUCACGCUAUUAGAGCUGGGCGUGUUCGCGUGGUACGCGUGGGGCGCGGGCGGCAUGGCGGCGGCCGCGGGGCCCGUGCCGGUGGACUCGCCGCUCGUGUACCGCUCCGACCGCCGCCGCGAGCUGUGGCGCUUCCUCACCUACAGCGUCGUGCACGCCGGCUGGCUGCACCUCGCCUUCAACCUGCUAGUCCAACUUGCGGUGGGUCUCCCGCUGGAGAUGGUGCACGGCGCGGUCCGUUGCGCGGCGGUGUACCUGGCAGGUGUGCUGGGCGGGUCGCUGGCCGCGUCCGUGCUGGACCCGGACGUGUGCCUGGCGGGCGCGUCGGGCGGUGUGUACGCGCUGCUGGCCGCGCACCUCGCCAACGCUCUGCUCAACUUCCACACCAUGCGCUACGGCGCCGUCAGGCUCGUCGCCGCGCUCGCAGUCGCUUCAUGUGACGUCGGCUUUGCCGUGCAUGCUCGAUACACUAAGGAGGCGCCGCCGGUGUCGUACGCGGCGCACGUGGCGGGCGCGCUGGCGGGGCUGACCAUCGGGCUGCUGGUGCUGAAGCACGCGCAGCAGCGGCUGUGGGAGCGGCUGCUGUGGUGGGCGGCGCUGGGCGCGUACGCGGCCUGCACGCUGUUCGCGGUGCUGUACAACGUGUUCAGCGCGCCCGUGGACGAGCUGCACUACCUGCCGCCGGACCCGCCGCCCGACGCCGGCUUCUGACCGGCCUAGCGCCUCCAGCGCCCUCUAGCGCCACUAGCGCCACCCACUCACAACACGCCUAGUCAAUUUACCUUAGUGUGAUUUGCUAUAAGUAGUAUUAUAAUUCGAGGAGGUCCCGGUGCCUGAAUGUCAGUAUCUAUACGUUUCGUAUUGUGCCUAUCGAGUCAUUUCUUAUGUUUGUUGAUAUUAAUUUCGUCGAUUUUUUAUAAUUUAUUUUUACGAUGGCCUCCUCGCGAUACUUAAUUGUUAAGUAGUCUUAAUUAUAUUGAAUAGGUGAACUAUUUUUGUACCUACUAUCAGCGUCCGUAGUGUAUUAUAGAUUGAAGGCGUUACCGCGACACAACAGUAAAUGUUCCCGUGUGGACUGACCGACUUUGCUGAAUGAAGCGUCUCGUUAUUUAUUUACAAUAGUAAUCGCUUGUUCGUCAAUGCACGCUACAUUUAGUAAAGCCACUCAGCGUAGUUAUGUCCAGCACACCAAAGAUUAGGAUAAACAGCAUCCAUGCUCGAGUAGUGGAGGUUUCCUUACUCUUCUUGUUUCAAAUUCAUUGAAUAUUAAUUCAUAUAGAUAUUUAAUUCAAUUGCUCACUGUUAAACGAAUACUAUAAGUAUGCCUCAGUAACUGAUUCUAACGUGAAUUAUAAUUAUUGUUAUAUAAGUAUUUGUGUAAAUUGCUCAAUUGCAAUGAUUAUUUUAAUCAGAAAUGAUUAUAUGCUCAAAAGUGAGUUUAUUUUUUUUUAUUUUAUCGGAUCAAUUAUUUGCUGAUAUUGUAACAAAUAUUGUUUCGUGUGAUUUCGUCCAUUUCCAUUUGUAACUCGCAUUCGUCCUGUUUCCUAUUUAUGAUCCAACAUUGAACAAGUCUUGCUACUCACUAGUUAUUAGUUUUAUUAUUAAUAAUGUGCCUGAUUCCUAUUAUUGUAAAUUUGAUCGUAUACUUUAUUUCUAAUCAAAUAAUGUCAGGAAACGACUGAGUUUUGUAUUAAUUAUUGCGGAAUAUUUUCUCGUUUAAUUUAUUAUAAAAUUAUU